UGUUUGUUUAUUUUUCCUGCUCCCGGCGUCGUUCGGCUAAUUUCAACAAGAAGCCGGUCACCAAGGACGACAUCCGCGAAAACAUCAUCAACUACUGCGACGAAGGUGGUGGCGACAACGACAUGACCGCGUUUGAGUUGAAGACACUCAAGAUCCCGAUUGGUCCGCUGCCAGAGCUCGUUCAACAUAAGGCACCGCCAGUACGUCCAGAUAUUGCCGUCGUGUCCGACCAGGUCGUCGGCAAGGUGGACGUGUUCCUGGACGACCGAAAGCGACGCGUCGACAUCGACUCAGCUUCCGGGCCAUUCGACGAUCUGCGUAACUACGCCUACGAAGGUUGUGAGAGUACCUCGGGUUCGCUAAGUUCCUUGCAGUCAGGUAAAUAAAAAAUAAACGCUAAAACCUAUAAUUAUCUUCCAAACCUGCCACGAACAGCACACGACGAUAAACACCUAAACUGUCCUCCCUGUUCCUACCGUUCCACCACAUGUACGGACGAUGAACCCCAUGAGUAUAGCUUUUUACCCACAUGUGGUCCCCGUUUCGAUAAGUUAGUCAAUAAUUACGAACCAAGCAAACUGCAGAUCGAAGAUGCAGAUGUUAGUUAAGAGUAGCUGUAGCUGUUGCAGGUGCAUAGGUCUUUUGUUCCUGAGAUCAAAGUUUGUGCGCGCAAAGUCUAGCAUGGCAUACCGUCAGACGAAGCUGAAUGAUGCGCACGGACUUGUAGAUAAAUCAUUGCGUCCAAAACCUUCAACCCCC